UGAUCUUUUGUUCUACAGAAACAAGUUAACAAGACUUUCUGUUAAUGCAAAUGGUUCUCUUAUUCCCAAGAGUUGCGUUGACAAGGACAUGAUAAAAAAGAGCCCCUGGUUGAAAGCAUUGGUGGCUAUUCCAAAGGUUCAACCUCGAUUUGCCAUUGCCAUAUGGAAGAAAUAUCCCACAAUGAAAUCUCUUUUGCAUGUUUACAUGGAUCCAAGUAAAUCGGUACAUGAGAAAGAAUUUCUGCUGAAAGAUUUGAAAGUCGAAAACAUGUUGGGUGAUGAUAGAAAAUUGGGAGAGAUCUGUUCUAGGAGAGUAUACAGAAUAUUGAUGGCUCAAUGUGGAAGCAUCAAGACAGAUGACAUUGAGAGUGGAGCUGAUUUCUUCAGCCAGCACUCUGCUGAAUAAUCUUUUUUUCUUUUCUUUUUUCUUUGUUGAGGGUUAUCGAUUGUGACGGCUAUAUUGCGUGCAUCUGGACUAAUUCACUGUUUAACCUAUCUAGCCCACAAGCACAGGUUGCCAAGGUAAUCAUGCCCACCAAUAUUGGAGCAAAUGGGCUACUGGUUGGAGCAAAUCUCAUCUAAGAAUUCCCUUUCUAAAAAGAGAAUUAGUAUAUUAAUUGUAUAUAAUCCUUUUUGAAUUUUGGUUGCCGUAAUAGUAGGUAAAGAGAUGGUGUUAACUGCAUUGAAAUGAUAGCUUAGCUAUUCUAGUUAAUUGUUCUAUAUUCUGAAAGGAGUCUCAGCAUUUAGCAAAAAUGUUUAUUUUUGAUUUAGUUGAUUAAUUUUUUCCA